AUGUCGACUAAAGAAGUACCCACGGUGAUCGAAGCCAGCGAGGAUGAGCGCGACAGCAACCAGCAACAAUCCCCGAAGAACGGUCACAGCAUCAUCAGGAACAUCUCACACUUCUCUACCCAAGGCGAGAUCGAUGCCGGCACCUCACGCUGGAAGCGCGCAGGCCCCACAAUCGCCUGCGGCGCCGGUCUCUUCAGCGACGGAUACCUCCAAAGCGUCAUCGGGGCGGUGAACACAUGCCUCUCCAGGAUCUACGGCACGCAAUACACGUCCAGCUCGUUCAAGCACAACGUGAGCUCCAUCGCGUUCGCCGGCACAGUAGUAGGCCAGCUGGUGUUUGGAUACACCAGCGACAACUACUCACGGAAGUGGUCUCUUGUCGUCUCGACGAUAAUCUUGUUCAUCUUCGCGGCAUUGUGUGCAGGCUCGUACGGGGCAGGGGGAAGCGCACAGGGCCUCUUUGCGGCGCUGACUGCGUAUAGAUUCUUGCUUGGGAUUGGGAUCGGCGGCGAGUAUCCCGCCGGCUCCGUAGGCUGUGCAGAGAACACGGCAGAGCUCAAAGCGGGCCAUCGCAACCGAUGGUUCUGUAUGUUCACGAACGUGCAGAUCGAUCUCGGCUUCGUGGUGGGAUCGAUAGUUCCCAUGGUACUUGCACGCAUGGCAUCGAAUAAUCUAGGACUUGUGUGGCGCCUAUCGUUGGGUCUUGGAGUCAUCCCACCGCUCAUCUUGUUGUACUUUCGAGUCAAGUUGAAGGAGCCAGAAGUCUUUGCGCGAGAGAGCCUGAAACGUAUCCGCACUCCAUACUGGCUUGUUGUUAGAUACUAUGGGCCACGCCUAUGUCUGGUCGCUGGAAUCUGGUUCAUCUAUGACUUCCUUACCUACCCCUUUAGCAUCUACUCGAGUGCUUGGAUAAGCGUGAUACAGCCGGAUGCCGCACUCUGGCAAACAUUUGGCUGGUCGACACUGGUCAACUUCUUCUACCUUCCCGGCGCAGUGCUCGGGGCGUUUUUAUCGGACUGGAUGGGACCUCGUCGUGCACUCUUCACAUUCGUUAUUGCCCAGGGCGUAGUCGGGUUUACAAUGUCCGCCUGCUAUGGACACCUUAAAGAGCCACGCAACAUUGCUGCCUUUGUAGUUGUCUAUGGUAUCUUCCUGGCGUUGGGCGAGAUGGGACCGGGCAAUAACAUCGGUCUGAUAGCAUCCAAAACGUGUUCGACUGGAGUGCGAGGGCGUUACUACGCCGUCGCAGCUGCCACCGGCAAGAUUGGAGCCUUUAUCGGCAACUACAUCUUCCCGUACAUUGUGGAAGCUGGAGGCGGUGAAGAUACUGUAAGAGGAGGUCAAUAUCCUUUCUACGUGGCAUCCAGCCUGUGCUUUCUCUCUGCCUUUCUCACAUGGUGGCUACCAACCAUUGACCAAAGCACAAUCGAGAAGGAAGACUUGCGGUUCCGAGAGUAUCUCGAGGCCCAUGGCUUUGAUACUACGACAAUGGGCCAGUAG